AUGUUUAAUGCUUUAGCUGGAAUGGGAGGUGGAGGACAAUUAGAUCCUACUGCAGCGUCAAAUGGAAAUGUUGCAUUGUAUACAUGUUUUUCAAUUGGUGGAUUCUUCUCCGGGGCCGUUGUUAAUAAAUUAGGACCAUCUCAUUCAAUGGCAUUAGGGGCGAUGACCUAUGGAUUAUAUUCAGCUUCUUUACUAUACUACAACCAUAAAGAAUCCGAAUCUUUUGUCGUAGCUGCUGGUGCUAUACUUGGCGCAGCACUUAUUUGGACAGGCCAAGGCGCAAUAAUGUUAUCAUAUCCAAAAGAAUCUAAUAAAGGAAAAUACAUUGGUUUAUUUUGGAUGAUAUUUAAUUUAGGAGGUGUAGUAGGUUCUAUAAUUCAAUUGGCAUUAAAUUGGUCAGCCGAAUCAAAAUCUGUUAAUGAUGGCACGUAUAUAGGUUUUAUAGUAUUGAUGACAUCCGGAGGCAUUUUGUCAUUGUGUUUAUUACCUCCAUCAAAAGUUUACCAUAAUGAUGGUUCAUAUGUCGUUUUACAAAAAUAUCCAAAAUGGAGUAAUGAAUUCUUGAACGUUUUGAAAUUAUUUUUGGAUCCUAAUAUGUUGUUAUUAACUCCAAUGUUUCUUGCCAAUAAUUGGUUUUAUGCUUAUGAGUUUAAUGUUGUUAAUGCAUUCUAUUUCAAUAUACGGACAAGAGCCUUAAACAAUCUAUUUUAUUGGCUUGCACAAAUUAUUGGUGCAAUUAUUAUUGGAAAAUUUUUAGAUUUUGAUAAAUUAACAAGAAAAAAGCGUGCCAUUUUUGGUCUGGUUCUAUUGUCGAUAGUAAUUUUUGUUACUUGGUUAGGUGGUCUGUUUAAUCAAUUGGGAUAUGAUCGACAAGGUAAAUUACCUAGAGAUAAUAGUGGUGUUGACGAGACUAUAGGAAUUUCUGCAGAUUUAUUCGAUAAUGGUUAUGCUCAAAAAUUAAUACUUUAUAUUGCAUAUGGUUUAUGUGAUGCUAUGUUCCAGUGCUAUGCAUAUUGGAUUCUCGGAGCUCUCACAAAUGAUGCAUCAGUAAUUGCAAGAUAUGCAGGAUGUUAUAAAGCAAUACAAUCAGCAGGUGGAGCAAUAUCAUGGAGGAUUGAUGCAGUCAAGACAAGUUUUCUUGUUGAAUUUUUUAUUUGUUGGGCAUUAUUGGCUGCAUCAAUGCCCGGCGCAUUCUUUGUUUCAUUGAGAAUUAAAGAUACAAAUUAUACAGAGGGAAAUCCUAAUAACAAUGAAAGAGGUGAUGUCGAAAAGAAUAAUGUGAAUGCUACUGUGGAAUUGUGA